UGUGGAGUCUCUCAGGAACUAACACGAAAGAAAGAAAGAAAGAAGGAAGGAAAGAAAAGAAGGAAUCAGAGAAAGGAAAAGGUUAAUUUUUAAAUACGUUUCAGGCUCCCCCUGCAUACUAAUCAAGGAAAACAGCAGCCAGCUGUGAGAGUAGAGUUGUAAUCUUCAGUUUUUCAUUUAGUGAGCCUUUAAAAGAAGCAUCACAAGCGUUUUACUCAGUGAGAAGACAUCCAACUGAAAGCAGCGAUGGCGCCCUCUCUCCUCCAGGCCUACAGGAGGCGCUGGUGGAUGGCGGUGACGGCAGUGAUUGAGAACCUGCUGUGUUCGGCUGUGCUCUUGGGCUGGGGGUCCCUGCUCAUCAUGCUGAAGAGGGAAGGCUUCUACUCCCACCUGUGCUCAGUGAAUGACUCAUUGGUCGUACCUUUGGGCAACUCCUCCGAUGGUGAGGGGGAGAAUUGGCUCAGCUGUGUGGACCAGGAAGAGAUGCUGAAUCUGGGAUUCACCAUUGGCUCCUUCUUGCUCAGCGCUACCACCCUGCCCCUCGGGAUCCUGAUGGACAGGUUUGGGCCCCGCCCAAUUCGCCUGAUGGGCAGCUCAUGUUUUGGUUUCUCCUGUAUCUUGAUGGCUGUGUCGGCUUACGACCCUCCAACGCUGUCAGCGCUCAUCUUCCUCGCUCUCUCCCUGAACGGCUUUGGAGGCAUCUGCCUGACCUUCACCUCCAUCACGCUCCCCAAUAUGUUUGGCGCUCUGAGCUCCACUGUCAUGUCUCUGAUGAUCGGCUCCUAUGCCUCCUCUGCAGUCACCUUCCCCGGAGUCAAGCUGAUCUACGAUGCAGGCGUGUCCUUCCAGGUGAUCAUGUGGAUGUGGGCAGGUCUUGCCGGGUUUGUCUUUUUCAACUGCUUCUUUAACUGGCCAACAGAAGGUUUCCCAACACCCGAUGAGGUGGACUACAGUAAGAUCCUCACAAUGCAAGAGCUGCCGUCAACGGACCAGAAGGCUGUCGGAGAGAGACUGAGCCAGAAAAAUGGGGAUGUCCGACACUCCACAGAGAAACUUCCUAAUGGAUCUGACGCUGCACCAAAUACAGUUCCCUUCCGUCGGUCGGUGUUCUCUCCCAUCUUCCUGUGGAGUCUGGUUACGAUGGGGAUGUCCCAGUUAAGAAUCAUCUUCUUCAUGGGCGCCAUGAACAAGAUGCUGGAGUUCAUGGUCACCCACGGUGAUAAAAACCCAUCUGAGCAGCUGGCGCUUGAGGCAAAAGAGAAAGUGAAUUUCUACUCGUCUAUCUUCGGCACCCUGCAGCUGCUGUGUUUGGCCACUUGUCCUCUGAUCGGUUACAUCAUGGACUGGAAGAUGAAGGAGUGUGAAGAGGAGAAGCCCGUCCCUCCAGGCACAGAGCAGAGACAGACCAGCGGACCCAAGAGAGACCGUAAGAUCCAGAAGGUGACCAACGCCAUGAGGGCCUUCAUCCUCACCAACAUGCUGCUGCUCGCUUUCGGAUGCUGCUGUCUCAUAGAGAGCCUUCCUCUGCAGGUGUUGACCUUCAUCCUCCACACUAUGGUCCGAGGCUUCAUCCACUCCUGCUGCGGAGGCCUUUAUGCUGCUGUCUACCCGUCCAACCACUUUGGCACCCUGACAGGCCUCCAGUCGAUGAUCAGCGCCGUGAUCGCUCUGCUACAGCAGCCGCUCUUCAUCGCCAUGGUCGGACCGCUCAAAGGAGACCCCUACUGGAUCAACUUGGGGCUGCUGAUCCUCUCAUUGGCCGGCUUCUUGUUGCCGGGUUACCUGUACUAUCACCGCAGACAACUACAGAUGGAAAAAAUGGCCAGAGACAAGAAGGCUGCUGGUCAGGAGAUGCAGGCGCUCAACCACAACGAGGCCAAUGGCUACAAGCCCCACAGCAACGGACUCGCUGCUGUCGAGGCUUAAAACAAAAGACAGCAGAGACAAAGAAUUUGGGGAAUUGUAGGAUUUAUUUUUGUAUGCGCCUUCAAAAUGAGCACCAGCAAUCUCUACUCAUCCAUAAAUAUUCCAGUGUUUUUUCUUCGGUGUGAAUUUUGCUCACUACAAAACUACAUCACAGAGCAAAAUACAAUCCUCCCCCCGUAUUUUUGUUUUUGACUCGGAGUUUGACUUUAAGUUGUUUUCAUGCUGCGGCGUGAUUUUGGGGAGAAAAUGUGUCAUCAUCAUUUGUUGCUGUUUAUUUAUUUUGGUUUAUGUCAAAGAGCCAAAUUAGUGUGAUUCAAAGCCAUAGAUUUCACUCGCAAGCACACGCAAAAGGACACAUGCACGCAUCCAGGUAUGGCCUCUGUGUCAGACUGCGGAUAUCACGGUACUUGAAACACUGUUAUAUAGUUUGCAGAGACUUCUUACAAUCAUCACGAGCCUUGCUAUAACACCAAAGAACAGCUUAAAGACAUUAGGAACGUUACACUGUCAGUAUUGUUUCAAAAGUGAGCUGAAUGGAGCAAACUUUUAGUAUAUUAAUUGUGUUGUUUCUACUGUAAACCCCCUCAGUAAAAGCUAUAAAUAUACAGUAUAUGUAUGAAACACUUUUGAAAGUAUACGAGCUAUCAAAGACAAUAUAAAGCAUCUGAAAAUCUCAAUACCAUACUUCUGGUACGUAUGAAGAAGCUUUCGGGGUAUUUUCAGAGCCCAGCUAUUCACACACACACACACACACACACACACACACAUAUGUACACGCACAGAUAGGCUGGUUGUAGAGACACCAUAUCUACCUCCUCCGUUUCCGUUUUUUUUUUUGUACUGUCUCUCUGCAACCGACUCCUAUGUCUGACAAUCGAUUGUUUGUUUGUUUUUUAUUCACAUUAGAAAAUAUUAAAUGUCAAAUACCCAAGACAACAAAUGUAAUCAGUGCAGCAUUUUCUCCUUGUGUUUUCAUAUUGAAGCUGAUUCAGCUCUUAGCAUUUCUGGAUUUUUUAUAUGUAGGAAAAAAAAAAAGUUGUUUUCAAGUAAAUUUCACAAGGAAAAAUAUGACUGAUUUUUAAAAUUCUGACACACAGUGUGUGUCAGUGAUAUGAAACACUUUGUACUGCUUUAUGCACAGUAAUGAACUAGUGUGUGUAUAAAAUAUGUAUUUAAGUGUCUUUUUAUACUCUAGCUGCAGUAGCAAUAAAAAGGGAAGCAUUUGUUUCA